AGUCGUAGCUUGACCCGAACAAACAAAGAAAUCAAAAGACAAAGAAGAUCAAAAAUGGUAGCAGCUAAAAUAGCACCGUCGAUGUUGUCCUCCGACUUCUCCAAUUUGGCCUCAGAGGCCCAUCGCAUGCUCUCUUUCGGCGCCGAUUGGCUUCACAUGGACAUCAUGGAUGGGCACUUUGUCCCAAAUCUUACUAUUGGUGCUCCAGUCAUUGAGAGUCUGCGGAAGCACACAAAGGCCUAUUUGGAUUGCCAUCUUAUGGUCACAAAUCCUCUUGAUUAUGUGGAACCAUUUGGAAAAGCUGGGGCUUCAGGGUUUACAUUUCAUGUUGAGGCAUCCAAAGAUAACUGGAAAGAAAUUGUUCAAAAAAUUAAGGCAAAAGGCAUGACGCCAGGUGUAUCACUAAAACCCGGGACACCAGUUGAAGAAGUGUUUCCAUUGCUAGAUGAUGAAAAUCCUGUGGAGCUGGUUCUUGUGAUGACCGUGGAACCUGGAUUUGGUGGGCAGAAGUUUAUGCCUGAAAUGAUGGAUAAGGUACGAACUCUGAGAAAAAAGUACCCAACACUUGACAUAGAGGUAGACGGUGGUUUAGGACCUUCAACCAUUGAUAUUGCGGCUGCUGCUGGAGCAAACUGCAUCGUUGCAGGAAGUUCAGUUUUUGGAGCUCCUGAGCCUGCCCAAGUCAUAUCAGUUCUAAGAAAGAGUGUGAAUGAAGCUCAAAUAUCUAAGUAAUAUGGCUGAAGCCCCAAAAAAAAAUGAACUGUGAGGAAUACAAGUGUUGUUUGUACUUUAUAGAAUAAAGAUCUAUGAGUUUUCUAAACCAUGAGAUAAUUGUAGGAUACGUCUUUGGCAUCAUGUCAGCUGGUUGUCUUGUAUGCAUUUGGUUGAAUACUAUGAAGCGUGGUAGAAGCUUACAGUUUUCAUGAGACAUUUUUAUUUUAAA